AGAGACACACAGACACAGACAGGGAGAGAGGGAGAAAAGAGAGAAAGUCGGCAGAGGCAAAGUGGUCACCGAUGUGAUAAGAAGGACAGGAGCGUGGGACGGGAGGGACACAGACAACAUCAGGUGACCAGAGUGACUACAGGCUCCAGAAAGAGAGAGAGAGAGACAGAGAGAGGGAGUGAAGGAGAGAUAGUGAGAGUGAGAGAGAGAGAGAGAGGGAGGAAGCCAGCAGCGACCUCCUACCCAACAACCUCGGAAGCGAACCCAUAAAAUGAAUUCAGACUCCAGCCCGAGCAGCAGAGCCUCUUCCCCGGACAUGGACGUCAUGUCUCUCCGAGACCACCACCCGCACCACCAUCACCACCACCACGUCGGCUCAUCAGUGUCCUCCUCUACGCAGAGCGGCGAGCAGCGCCAGAAGCUGAGCACCGGAGAGCUCCUGCGGUCUGGAGACCCAAAGUCCGUCGGCAGCAGCAGCAGCAGCAGCAGUAGCAGCAGCAGCAACAAGUUCAAACUGAAGAAACAAGUCACCGAGGAGGAGAUGUACCACCUCCGUCUCAAGAUUAACGGCCGGGAAAGGAAGCGCAUGCACGACCUCAACCUGGCCAUGGACGGCCUGCGCGAGGUGAUGCCCUACGCGCACGGGCCCUCGGUGCGGAAGUUGUCCAAGAUCGCCACACUGCUUCUCGCCAGGAACUACAUCCUGAUGCUCAACAGCUCCUUGGACGAGAUGAAGCGGCUGGUGGGGGAGAUUUACGGAGGGCACAACUCGGCUUUCCACUGCGGCACCGUGGCGCACGCCGCCGGCCCAGGUGGACACUCCGGGGGGCCCGUUGCCGCAGCCGCUGCCGCUGCCGCAGCCGCCGCGCACCAGGUGCAUCCUCUCCUCGGGAGCGCGCUGUCAACCUCCACGUCCUCCACGCUGUCGAGCGCGCUGCCGGGGCUAACAUCUAUCCGAGCACCCCACGCCCUGAUGAAGGGCUCCCCGGCUGCGCCCCCGGGCCUGCAGCUGGGCUCCGGCUUCCAGCACUGGGCCGGACUGCCGUGUCCCUGCACCAUCUGCCAGGUGCCUCCUCCUCCACACAUCCCCGUCACCUCCACCGGCCUCACGAGACUCACAGGGGAGGGCAAGGACCUGAUGAAAUGAUGUCUGACAGACUCGCAGAGACUCAGAGAUGUGAUGGUGUUUGUAAAUAGAGAAUUCAGGGCAUGAGGGUGGAUUUGGCCUCACUGGUGCAUGCUGUUGUUUAGUCUGUUUUCUUGUUUGGCGUGUGAGAAAAGAAAGUGUUAUUUUCCUCCUUGUAACAAGGACUUAUAAAGACUGAUGAUUUUUGCCAGUUGAAAGGUGAAAAGAAGUUGUGUGUCAUGCAACAAGACGCGACGAUCCUCUUGUGUCUGAGUUUUAGUCACAAUGUGAAAGAUGAAGGAGGCUGCAUGAACAUGCUGAUUUCAUUUUACAUUUUUUUUUCUAAAUCAGGCGUCAUUUUGUGAAAACGAAGAAUGCUCUCUGUGCCUUGUACCAAGGAUUUUAAACUUGAGUUGUAAAUGAAAAGAAUGACAUUUAUGUGUUUGGCUAAAAUGAACCUGCCACCGCGGAAAUUUGUUUUAAAAUUCUUAAGAUCUGUUUUUAUUUUGUGGCUCACUGUCAGUCCAUCUGUGCUCUGAUUUUCAUUUUUUAAUUCUAUCUUUUUUGUGUUUGUUUGUUUUUGCAUGAAGGUAUAAUUAUAACAGCAUGAUUGUUUUUGCUGAACUGAAUUGGUUAUGCCCAGAGACCCCGUGUCUUUAUUUUUGUACAUUGUUGAUGACUGAUGAAAUAUUUAUUAUCGCCCAGCGUCCCUGGAUGAAAUUUCAAUAAAACUGAAAUUAUGGAUCA